AUGUUUGCAAACGUUGGGUUUAGGACUUUGAGAACCUCCAGAGGUUCCAUUUAUGGUAUGUUUGUUAUUUUGCUAUUGGGUGUGCUUAUUGCCAAUUUUGCUGGACAUUUACUAAUCGACUCAGAGUCCAAUAUUUCUCGUAUAAUAGGAUCCUGUAGCCAAGUUAUCAAUUUCUCCAAAAGAACCUUCUAUUCAAGUGCCAAAGAUGGUUAUCAGUCGAACGGUAGUAACGGUGACGGAUAUAGUGCCAAUGCACAGACAGGCCCAUUCACUUAUAAGACCGCCGUUGCUUUCCAGCCAAAGGACAGAGACGACCAAAUAUACCAAAAGCUAAAGGAAUCCAUUAAAUCACCUACGGGAGAAGAUAACUACUUUACUACAUCGAACAAUAUUCAUGAUAUUUUUGCUGGUGUCGCAGACGGUGUUGGGGGAUGGGCUGAACACGGGUAUGAUUCCAGUGCCAUUUCAAGAGAACUGUGUAAAAAAAUGGGCGAAUUAAGUACUACAUUGGCGGAAGACUCAUCUAAGGAAACACUUUUAACACCAAAAAACAUUAUUGACGCUGCUUAUGCUAAAAUUAAGGAUGACAAAAUAGUAAAAGUAGGAGGAACAACAGCCAUUAUGGCCCAUUUCCCACCCAGUGGUAAAUUACAAGUCGCCAACUUGGGUGACUCCUGGUGUGGUGUCUUUAGAGAUUCCAAACUUGUGUUCCAAACUGAGUUUCAAACUGUCGGGUUUAAUGCACCUUAUCAGUUGUCAAUUAUACCGGAAAAAAUGUUGAAAGAGGCUGAAAGAAAAGGCAGUAAAUACAUUCUGAACACCCCCGCCGAUGCUGAUGAGUAUACUUUCCAAUUAGAAAAAAAUGACAUAGUUAUGUUAGCCACCGACGGUGUAACUGAUAAUAUUGCCACAGAUGAUAUUGAACUUUUUUUGAAAGAUAAUUCUGCCAGGACAAGAGACGAACUACAGUUAUUGACACAGGAACUUGUGAAAAACGUUGUCAGUUUAAGUAAAGAUCCUAAUUACCCUAGCGUUUUUGCCCAAGAAAUUUCUAAAUUAACUGGUAGAAACUACAGUGGUGGAAAGGAAGACGAUAUUACUGUAGUUGUUGUAAGAGUCGACUAA